AAGGUAUACAGAGUUUGUCGGGAAGUUGAACGAAAGAAGAAGUUGACUCAAAAGGAUAACGAAGGCGAUAACGGUGAAAAUUGGAGAAAACAAAUAUCAGCUUACGAAGCUCCGAAGAAAUUCGAAAGGCAAAACAUGCGUCAAUAAAAUAUAAUGCUACUAGAAAGAAGAAAAUGUAAACUUAGAAGUUAGGACGAGAAAACCGCAGUUUGGAGAGGUAAAAGGACGGUAAAAACCUGGAAGGCUCACCCUCACUACUUCAACCAACUUUCUUGCGGAUUGGAUAUGGUAUCUUUAGCUGGAGAAUGGUUGACUGCUGCUGCCAACACGAACAUGUUCACCUAUGAGAUCGCUCCUGUUUUCAUCCUGAUGGAACAAAUCACCCUGAAGAAGAUGAGAGAAAUUAUUGGCUUUCCUAACGGCGACAGUAUUUUGGCACCAGGUGGCGCUAUAUCCAACUUAUAUGCAAUGUUGGUGGCUCGUCACAAGAUGUUUCCUACCUACAAGCAACAAGGAUUGAAAACACUACCUCAAUUGGUCAUGUAUACUUCUGAACAUAGUCACUACUCCAUUAACGGAGCAGGAAUGGUGUCUGGAUUAGGUACUGAUAAUGUAGUCGAGGUUCCAUGCGAUGACAGGGGUAAAAUGAUUCCAGCAGAGUUAGAAAAGAGAGUUCGUGAGGCAAAAGCCAAAGGUCAAAGACCGUUUUUUGUCAACUGUACAGUUGGAACCACGGUGCUUGGUGCUUUUGAUCCUAUUCAUCCUCUGGCUGACAUCUGUGAAAAAUACGACAUGUGGCUUCAUGUAGAUGCUGCUUGGGGUGGAGGCUGUCUACUCUCGCAAAAGUACAAAUCUCGUUUGGCAGGCAUUGAGAGGUCUCAAUCUGUGACGUGGAACCCCCAUAAGCUGAUGGGUUCUCUAUUGCAAUGUUCAACGGUUCACUUCAAAGAAGACGGUCUUCUUAUAAGCUGUAAUAUGCUGUGUGCAGACUAUUUGUUCCAACAAGAUAAGCAUUAUGACGUCACUUAUGACACCGGCGAUAAAGUUAUACAAUGCGGCCGGCAUAACGACAUCUUCAAACUGUGGCUGAUGUGGCGCUCCAAGGGCAUGAAAGGCUAUGAGAAACACAUUGAUCAUUUAUUCGACAUGACACAUUAUAUGGUGAGGAAGAUAAAUGAAAGGGGAAACAGGUUUUACAUGGUGUUGGAAGAGCCAGAGUGUGUGAACGUUAGUUUCUGGUACGUCCCACCUAGUCUGAGGAAGAUGCCCCACAACAGAGAAAGAGAAAUUAAGCUCGGUCAGAUAACUGCCACUUUGAAAGGGAAAAUGAUGGACAGUGGUACUUUGAUGAUUGGUUAUCAACCACUUGGGAAUACGCCCAACUUUUUCCGUGCCAUAAUCUCCAACCCAGGGGUCACAAAAGAAGACAUCGACUUUAUGUUGGACGAACUAGAACGUCUUGGGCAAAACCUUUAAAAUGGCGAUUUGUUUAGCUACGUCAGGUGUUAAAUCUUUGGAAUGAAUUAAUAUUGUAUUCGAAUAGAGUUAUAUUGUACCUCAUUGGUUUGUAUUACUGAUUUUAAACUUUCUUCUGAAUGUGACUUUUGGAUUAAUGUUUGUUUGUUUUUUGUUGUCAGAGGGUCCCAAAACCGAAACUCCCCAAGUGACUGCCAAAAACUACACGCCACUACUGAGUUUAAACUUAAUCAGGUCUUGAGACAAAAUAUUUUUAAAGAAUAGGCUUUGACAGCUAAGUAACUAAAAUAUGCUGUACAUAUAAAGAGAGAGAUACAAUUAUUAUACUUUAGAAGUUUAAAAUAUUUACAUAUUAAUUUUUACGAAAAUUCAUACUUUUCCAAAAAGGUAAAAAAACAUCCUUGACCCGAAGAAAAAAAAAAUAUACUUCUCAAAGAAUAUUAUUAAGAUGUAAAAACUUUCUCAAACUAGUCAUUUUGCUCUAUUGUUAUCAUUACAUAGAGCGGGAAUAUAAUUUAUUUAAAAUGCAAACAUUCUAGCUUGGCGUUAAAUUGUUAACAUAUUUAAAGUAUAUAUAUAUAUAGAUAGCGUGUGGUGUAAAAAUGUAUAUACUCCAUUAAAUAGUAAUAAAUAACCCUUUAGUAGACCGAUUAAAACGACCUGGUCAACAACUCAUCCAAGUCUUCCAAUGUGCUAAGAUGCUGAAGGUCAACAUUAGCUUCCUCGUGUUUGUCCUACUUCACCGUUGUAUGUCGUAUGAACGUUUCUGUAUAAGAUGUUUAUUGUCGUUUAGUUAAACAAUAUAUUCUACUGAAAUCAUUAUUAGCUGUCUCUCUGUGGUUCCGACCGCUUGAAGGAAGCUGUACGGUUAGAUAUUAUUCAAGUACAAAUGUCAUUGCUUGUUAGUAUCGGGUUAAAAACGUUGUAACAUUAUUUGUCUGUGUAUAAAAUUAAUUUUUGUUUGCACUUUAUUAGACAUUUGUAACUUAGGUGUCCAGUUUCACCUUACAGCCAGUUUCUUCACUGAUUCUCGUAUUCUAUUUAAAUACAUUUGUUUUAUUCGAGCCAUUAACAGAAGCGAUACUUGGCUGUCGGUAAACAGAAAAUUUGAAAUGAUUUAGAAAUUAUAUCGGACAUCCAUCUUACUUCAGGUAUUCCGAUGGCUUAAAAAUGUGAAUGGAAUUGUACAAUUCUAAAACCGGAAAAUAAUUAUAAUAAAGCCACGAAUAAAGAGGGCGUUGUUUACGUGAAAGUUUUGUAUCAAACUAGUGUAAUUAUUAUUAUUUACGUAAUUUUAAAUCUGUUAAUUUCUGUAAGUUUUGACAAAAACAGGUGCUAAAAUUAUCUUUUGUUAUGUUUCUUAUCAAACUUGUCGUGUGAUUUUUUGUUUCAAGACUGAGUUUUAUUUUCAUUCACAUCUUCAAGAAACGACUUCCAAAAACUUAAUAACCAUCAUCAUAAGAAGGAAUUCUUCAACUGCUUAGUGUUCUAAUAAAAAAAAAGUAUGUUUCACGUCAAGUUUCAGUUUCCGAAUAUGUCUGUCGUGUGUACUAGUAUCUAAUAAUCAAGGCAUGGGUUAAGAUCAAAGUAAUGGUUGAAGAAACUACAAUAUCAAUAUGAAAAGAUAAGAAUUAAUAAAGUGUAUAAUGAAAGACGAGCUUGUAACGCUGCAACUUGGAUAAAAUUUGUUAAGUACUUAAACAGUUUUUUAAAGGCUUAUACAUGAUAUUUAGGUAAAACAGUGUCAGUAUGUUGUAAUUAUUGUCUUGUAAACAUUAUAGAAAAGUGCCAAAGAUUUACUUUUAAAUUAUUUAUUAUUGUUUAAUUUCAGAUAUUUAUUUUAACGAUGAAUAAAUAUUUCGUCAUCUUGUUAUAAAUUAUAUAAAAUUUCUUAACGUGGCUUAUCUUUGUAGUAUCUUAUUGUUCAACGAAGCUAGAAUUAAGUAGUCUUAGUUGCAAAGUAUAUGCACUCUUACGUGGUAAUAGAUUACACGAGUAACAUGUUGUUAUACGUCGUCGCAGUAAAAAACAUAAAAAAAUAGGCUGUUUUAGAAAAAAAAUGUACUUUCACGUGUAAUCACUCCCCGAGAAAGGGUGAGUAUGUAUGGCAAGCAAUAAAAAUAAUUC